AUGUCCACAACCACUACCCAGGAUCCUCCAAGAUGCAAAAGAGGCUGGUUGAAAUGGGCCAAGGCUCAAAUGCACCCAAAGUACGCCGAAGUACAAGACUUGGACUUCCAACUGCGCCGGGUUAUCAACGCCAUUUCCUGGGACAAGAUGCACAAGAGAGUACACGUCAAACAGGAACCGCCCUAUAUGCGACUUCUGGUCUUCCUAGGCAAUACCCAGAACAACAGAAUGCGUCCGCCUUCACCUGUGGACUGCGAGGCAGUGAGAAUCAUGAACGGCGGCGAAUUUCCCGACAUCAUCUCAAGCCUUCUCAGGAACGCAGGCUGGGAGCCCAGCCUAUGCACCGACCCGUAUCUGAUUGCGAUAGAAAGAAUCUUGCGUCCUCCGCCUCCGCCUCCACCAGAGAAGGAGAAAGAAGACCUUGCUCCAAAAGAGCUAAUACCUUGGAUGGAAUGGGCCAAGCGCCAGAAGAAUCCGGCAUUCGAUGACGCCCCUGAGCGGGCGGAGCUCGAAGACAACCUCGAAGCCGUGAGAUGGAACGUCAAAACCCCAAAGUGCUACAAGCUGCAGCAGCCCUUUAUUUUCCUCAUGGGGCGCUGGGGUCCCGAUGGAGAACGCGGACCGGAUGACGUGCCCUCCGUCAUCGACCUCGAGGCAACGAGGAUCAUGAACAAUGGCAAGCUGCCUCGAGAGCUGUGCGAGUGGCUUGCCAAUGCCGGUUGGGACGCCGAGAAAUGUUGCAACCCGAAGCUGUCCAUCGCGGAGAAGAAACUCUCAACCGACCCUCCGACAACCACGCAGCAUCAACAGCCGGCUACCCCUAGGCCAGUGGACGGAGGUCAAGAGGCCGCGAACACACCCCCGGAUACCCCAGAGGGCGAUGAAGAGAUAACUCCCGCUUCCCCUGAAGUUGCCGAGAAAGUUGAAAGACCGCAGACGCCAACACCACCUCAACUAUCGGGCUUUGCGUCUUCGUACAACCAUCAAUUCGACCCAGAUGACUGUCCACGCUUGGAAAUGCUCUGGAGAUCAACCCCGGCACCGAGCACUGAAGACAGGGAGGGACAAAUUCCUCCUCCAAAGAUGAGAGCCUCCAAGCGUCAUUCGGCCGAUGACCACGGAGAAUCGGAUCAGCACCCAAAGAGACAGAGAACGAGCAUGUUGCCGGGCGAUCCUCUCGGUGUAAGUGGGAGCUUUACUCCCGGAAGAAGGAGCAACUAUCAGACCUUCCCUUCAAGCACCACCCACCCGCGUGGAGUCACCAGUCCGCGCCAGAACUUCUUCGACACCUCAUCUGCGCCUCAAAACACCAACACCCGAGCGUCUUCCCUCAACAACCCCGCCAGACCACCACCUCCCACGCCUUUCCCUUCAGCAACCUUCGCCAGAGCCACCGUCGCUCCCCCAGCAGACCAAGCCCUCCCCGGCACCCGCACUCCUCAACCUACUACCAUCCCUAGCACGCCAAUGCGAUCCCAACCUCCCACCUCAGACCAAUCCUUUCCUCCCAUCUUCCACGACAUGAUGUCCAAAAUGGCAGACAUGAGCGCCGCCGUCACCGCCCAGGUCCAGCUCCGCGACGAAGAGCACCACCACCACAAAGACCGCCUCCGCCGCGCUUUCCUCGCCGUCGAGCACGCCUCGCGCGAAGUCGGACGUGCCGGUAACGCCUUCGACAUUGCACGCCGCGACCUCGACAUGGCCCUCGAGCAGCAGAACGUCACCAUCGUGACGCUGAAGACCCUUCUCGACACUGAUGAAGUUGAGGCGCAUCCGGUACAUCUUGACGAACCCGAGGCCCUUACGCGCGAGCGAGAGUCUAGCCUCCCGCAGCUCUUCGGUACGCUUUCGCAUUUCAGCAUGUUUAUGGUACUACACGUCACCCACACGUUCAUCCUUCUCGGCUACUUCCUCACCCAGGGAGGCUUCAAUUUCUUCAAAUAUCUUCGUCAGGCCUGA